AAUAAUAACAUUAAUGCCAACCAAACGGAAUUAAGAGUCAUGGAUCAAUGCACCGUCACGUAGAGCAGAAAAAGCAUCAAAUCUUUGUUAGUCAAUAUGAUAAAAUGAGCACAGAAAGACAAAGAAAGUAAAAAAAAGGGAAGCUAAUUUUUGUGAAAUUUGUGUGGGCAAGAAAGAUGACGCGUAGUUUCUCCAGUAGCUGGGGUUUCAAGACAAAUAGCACAAGCUUCUUCAAAAUCAUCAGUCUGCAUAGCAAAGAAAAUUAGAAAGUACAAAAAAUUAGCAAAUAAAUCGACACACCCAACUCACAUAUUUAUUCUCAAGGAGGAAACUUGAAAAGAAGUAUAUGUAGAUUGUUUUGCUCUCUUUAUCCAGACAUGUACCUGCACUAAUUAUUGUGGUAAACUAUCUAUCUGGUGAACAAAUGCACCACCAUGUUGAUGAUUGUUCUCAUCUAGUGUCAAUAACAUUUCAUAAUCAUUUCUGUAAGAAAGCAAAGAGUAAGAAAGAAAAACUUACAUUUAUUUGCACGGUUAACCCUUUCAAUUAUAUUGGAAAUAGUAUGAUUGAAAACAGCAUAUGAAGAGCUUGUUAGAAGGAGAUGCUAAAAGGAUGGAUUACAAUAAGGUAGAUUUUAGACAUAACAAAACUAUGUGAAAUUCUCAUAUGGCUGUAACAACUAUUCAGGCCAAUAAAAAAUAAUAUCCUCUUUAUUUUGCAAUCUUAUUUUAUGUUUAACCUAACUGCCACAGAAGAGGGAUACAUCAUGGAAGCAGCUCCAAUUCAGAUCUGCACAGAGUUACUGCUUUUGGUGUUUUUGUGGGAUACACCUAUAGCAAUUAUGUAUACAAAUCUCCAAGCAUUUGAGAUGGGGAAUUUGCAUUUAGAAUGCUAAGAGUACUGGACACUAACAAACACACAAACUAUUUCCCUGUAUGUAGAGCUAGAAUAAAGAUAUCAGAUAUACCAAGGAGGAUGAGGAAGAGGAAGAGUGUGCACCCAUAUUCCAGCAGAUCAAAGCAAGGUUGUGGCACCUAGCUCACUUGCUGUAGCCAGAUUAGCACCAUGCUCAAGAAGGUACUCCAUGAAGCAAGUAAAAGGAGUCAACCUUAAAUUUCACGAGCAAUUUUGAAUAUGAGGGUUGAAAGAAAUACAUGUAUGAUAGAAAACUUUAGAUGAAAGUACAUUUACCCACCAAUUCAAGUGCUACAUGUGAAGAAAAUUCAUGCAAACUACGUAAGAUGAAAUGUAAAAAGGUAACAAACAAAGAAAAACCAGGAAUAUCAUGAAAACUGUUGUUAAACUUGUACAAAGAAAAUUUCAACGUGUCUAAGGCAAUUGUCAGAUGCAUACAUAUUUGUCUUAACCAUCAUAAAAGGUAGGAAAGGGAGAAGAGUCCUUCCAUGCCACCACCUGAAGGAGCUUCUAUAGUAGCAACAUCAUCUCCAAUUGCACUUUAUAAUUCCUUUGAUUACAUGCAAAAAUCAAAUUAGAUUCUGUAA